AAUUGUCCAAUAUUUUACUGAAAAUAAAAAGAAAAUGACGGUUAAGAGGUGUGAAAUCUUGGCAGAGGAAAUCGUAAAAAUUUUUCCUACAGAAAACUUGGGUUCGUACUUUGUUCGAGGGUUUAACAAAAUCCCCCCCAAGGGUAAACUGUACGACCGAUAUAGAGGACAACGAAGAUCUCUAAAGCAGCUCUAUAAAACUGAUCCCACGUCAUCAAAGAAAGUUAAACUGGCAGAAGUGGAAGAUAAUUCCAAAGAGGAUUGUGAUGAAGAACCAAUAAACGAGACCGAGAUGCAAAGGGUUUGCGACGAGCUGAAACAAAACCGGGACUGGGAAACAGUUACUAAACAAUGGAAACAAACUAUGCCAUUCAGGAGGGAUAUGAUUUCCCAAAGCUCUGACAUUGACCUCCACACAGUCCUUCAGGAGUGGCCGCUUUACAAAUAUUCACGAGCGCCAGAACUGAUUGCCAUGGAUUACAAUUUUAUAAAACCGAAUAAUGGGUUCGACUUCACCAAAUGGGAACAAUUUUCGAAAAUAGCCCUAGAAUUGUUCACAGCGAGGAUCAAGUGCAGCGCUCUUAAAUCAUUCCUCAAUGAAUUCAGGGAGAAUAUUGACGACCUUGACAUAGAUAACGUCAAUAUUGGCUAUGCAACUCUGUUACAUGGAGUGUUGCCUCCAUCAUCGCAGCAGUUUAAUGGUAAAUUGAAGAAAUUUACAAUUGAAGAUUCAAAAUCAUCUUUCACUCUGGAAGUGGAAUGUGCAGGCCAGGUCGAACCUAUGCUAAAAAUAAAAAGGGAGGAAUGUUUAAAAUCGAAAACAAAACUUCAGCCCCUAAUAAUUGUUGUUGGUGAGAGAUUUCAUUAUAAUAAUUUUUAUGUGUCCUUGGACAAUAUUAUGUUUAAAUUAGAUACUUAUUUGGACUGCAUUAUUUUUUAUUUAAAGCUCGUUUAUGUAUUAAAUAUUCAAUACCCUCCACAGUGUUUUUCGGUAUGGGUUUUUAUACAAAUGUUUUUCUUUAAUAUUCAAGACGGUAAAAAAAUACCUUCUGUUUCAACUUUACUAAAUGAUAUAAAUGCAUUAAUUAAUUAA